UUUCAAAAUAGUGGACCGCGGUUCCCCGCAACGACGCCAAAAACUUGACUCGCACGAAAUUAUACUGCUAAUUAAUCCCGACUAGAUCCCAAGUUUUUAAACUCCAGCCGGUUGGAGUAUAGAGCAAUUAUUUAAAUUGUCAACCCGGGACAAUCCAUGUACCCCUACUUCAAUCGCUGGCGAAUGGGGUCGAGACCUUUUUGGUGCAAAGGAUGUGCACAAUCAUCAACACUCGGGCCGAUCGUCUCAACACCACGACGACAACCUCUAAAUGCUAGAGUUCACGAGAUUGUUGUCAUCACUAGCUUGUCCAGAGGUCUUAAACACGGGUUCAAAUGACUGGAAAUUGUCUUGGACAUGAGGAAAAGGUCUUUUGGGUGGUGGAAAACACAACAUGAGGUUCUCCACCUUCAACCUAAACCCGAAGGUUCUAUGAUUUUCCAGUAUUUCAAUGAUUGAACUUGUUAUUAUGGUUUUGUGUUCUAUUGGCAACUUUUUCGUGACAUCCAUCACUAGUUCCCCCCCCCCCCUCCUCCCCCACACUCAACCCAAUGGUUGGUUGGUUUAAUCGCGGUUAACCAAAUUUCUUAAUCCAACAUCGAGGUUUGCCCUAAAUUAACCUAGUUAGAAGACUUGAAAAGCCCUAGGGAUACCAACUCGAUUGAAACUCCCUUGGAAGGGGGGUUCCAUCUCUAGACUAGGUUACUGAUUUUGAGACCGCACUCGCCAUCACGAGUGCGGGUACUGAUGAUUUCCUUGAGCGUUGUCUUUUUCUAGUGGAACAUGCAUCGUAGGAGUUGCAGCUGGAGGAGAAGCUCGCAGAGCUAGAGGGAGCUGCGAUCGAGGGACGAGAGAAGUCAUUCAAGUCGAUCUCUAUCUCCCCCCGGAUCACCACAUCGUUGGAGGAGCUAGCAGAGCUGGAUCUUAAGCCCCUCCCCACUCACCUAGAGUGUGCAUUUCUCCGGGGAGGGGGGGGGGACUAGAGGCUAAUCAAUGUGUGACUUGGGCGUGUGGAACUCCUCUACGCGGGCAAGGCCACGCGGUCCGUGUAAGGGCCACUUCUAGCCAUGUGGGAUUUCCAGAGAUGCCACACGGGCUGGCCAGAUUUCCACACGACCGUGUCGUUCUGUCCGUGUAGCGCGCCCUGAGUCACUAAAUCAAACGUUGCGGUUUGGGAGUCACACGGGCAUGUUGGAAAUUUCGCACGGCUGUGUGACCUGGUCGUGUGAUCAUGGAAUUCUGGGUUUUUAACCCAAUUUUGGGUCUUUGAAGAGAGAACAUUUUUGGAGUAGAAAACAGAGUCCUAGAAAGAGAAAGUGCGAAGAAUAAACCCUAGGACUGAUUUUGGAGAUGGGUUUCAUCAAUCAAGCUUGGAUUUCGUCCUUGGAGUGAAGAUUAUCAUCCCAGAGCAGAUUCUUCCCAUCGUCAUGCUUUCGUUAAUCCCAAAAUCCAGCUAUAUAAGCUGAAAGAAGAUUUAGAGUUAGCUGAGCUUCUUCUCCACAUUUCGUUUGCAAAUCGUUACCACAACACAGUGAGUACGCUCUGCUUGCUGAUGAUCGAUUCCUACCUUUCGCAUUUCUGUUGUCGUUCUGCGGUCGCUCAUCUGUAAGUCUCUCCUGGCUGUUUAUGCUCGUUUCUUUUUAGUUAGUCGGGGAGGGGGAAGGGAAGGGAACUCUGGUGCUCUAUGUUUUCACUUCCCAAUAGCAAUUCUCUUCAAAGUUCUGUGUUCAUUCUUCCGAUUUUUCUUGGAAUUCAAACUGUAUUUUGUUAUGCUUUUGGUCUUGUUACUCACUUCUACAUGUCCACCUCCUGCAAUCUCUUCUACCAUCAGGACGGUACAUCAGUCCACGAAGUCAAUCAAACCUUUCUGCACAGGAAUGAGGUUUUGCAGGAGCUGAAAAUCAACCUCCAAAAUGUGCAAUCUAGGAUGAAGCAACAGGCGGAUAAGGGUGCGAGGGAUGAGACUUUCGAAGUGGGUGACAUGGUGUUCCUUCGCCUACACCUUUUUCGGCAACAUUCAGUUUACCGCCGAGCCUCUCAAAAGCUCGCAGCUCGCUUCCAUGGACUAUAUCAAGUGACUGAACGCAUAGGCCCCUUCAAGUGAGCUUUGAAGGGGCGAUUGGCUGCAGAGGAGGCUUUGGAGCAGUUGCACAUCAACUAGGAGGAAGACAUGGGGAAUCCAAACGAUAAUGCGGUUGUCCCCGAUGAGCACACCAUGGGACACUACUGGACUGCCAUAGUCGCGAACAUGAGGUUGCCCAUCCAACACCCUCAAGUUGCAGCAAUAACUUUGAGGUGAGCACCUCUGUCAUCACCAUGCUGCGUGACUUGGUGGUAUUCCGUGGAAAGGAGGGGGAGUGUCCUAGAUCGUGCAUCUCGAAACUGUUCCAACACUUGACCGAAAACCAGAAUUCUUCAUGUUAGGUGAGAUGGCUUCUUUGGCAAGCAAUUGUGACUUGUAGAUUGAUCCAAUUGGGAUCAUAUAAGGCCCCCCUUCUUCAAAAAGCUUUGCCCUCAAAGCUUGUAUGAUUCUGCAAGCCAAAAUACGAUCAGAAGGUACCCAUUUUGGCACUAUAGGCGAUGUUGGGUUGACCUUCCAUACAUGACGACUUUUCCACUAGCGAUACUCAGCGGUUAGAUUCUCGAUGUUGUUCGCCUUCCGCCAUAGGUAAUCACUAAUAUCUUUCUAGCAUCCUUUUUUCGGAAGUUUUGUUCGUCUUGGAGCGGUCAAUUUAGGGUAAAAGAACAGUUCGUUUGGAUCCGAUGCUCGAUCUUUUGAACGUAUUGAUGGCCUCGGACACGUUAGCCACUAUAUUAAGUGUAUUGUAGCUUAACUUAUAUUUUUCCAGAGUUGAUUGAUUCUUUGCGAUGGAGAUUCAACACUCCAAAUUGAAGGAUUUUUUGUUUCCAGAACCCUAAGAAGUCACCUGCAUGCACACCAAAUGGACACUUAAGUGGAUUUAGCUUAUGGUUAUGGCCUCUCAAACGUAAGAAGGCCAUGCGAAGAUGAGAUAAGUUCGUUACUUUCCAAACCACUCUCUUUCUCUUUCUACUUCCUUUCUCUCUCUUGGUGUUUCUUGCGAAAUUCUGUGGAACCUUUCAAGAGAGAAUAUAUUGACGACAUGAGAAGCGUUGUAGGAAGCGAGGACGAGGAAGCCGUUGGAUUUAAGUGCAUCUAACGGCUAUACUCUCUAUCCUUUCCGAGAAGGAAAGCCCUUUAAAGGAGUUCUACGGAUUUUUGUAGCCGUUGGAAAGACAGAAAGCAGUGUGUUUAAAGUUGUAUCAUAAUAUUAAAGGCAUAACUUCAAGAUUUACCAUAAAGGCAAAAACUAAAGCACCAAUGCUUGAAAAGCAUUCUAAACGGCGACCAAGUGUAAUCGCAGAAUGGAAAUGCAGUAUAGUGGAAUCAAGUAAUAAAUAUCAAGCCAGGGCCUAGAUGUACUGCCUACUCCGUGAUUAUCUAUUAUCUAGCGGGAAAGAAAGCAAUAAAUUGUCUGGUUUCCUGAAGCAAGAGAAUAGUCACUCAGGAAUGAGUCCCCCUAGCUUCUAGUUAAGUCAAAGUUGUAAUUUCCUUUGGUUGAUUUACUGUUGAUUAAACUGCGGAAGACCCGGCAGUAGCUUGGAAUCUCUUAAACUGACCAAGCCCACUUAGACAGACUAACCAGCAGACGACUAGUCUUCACCGGGAUAGAAAGCUAAGGCAAUUGACACAGAACUCCACUACUGGAGUUGGAUUCCAGUACAAAACAGUGAAUCGACUAACUCUCGUGUAAUCAAUUCACUGCCCGUAUUUUUCACUUCCUCAGGCAUCUUCACGGGUUUGGCUCGGCAUAAUUUUUACGGUCAGGAGCAAGCAAAAUACGACCGUAAUUAGUGAUGGCAAUGGGGCGGGGCGGGUACCUCAAUUCGCAUGCCCCCACCCAACGCUACUACGGGGCAGGGCGGGUAAAACCCGCGCGGGUACGGGUCGGGUCGACCAACUCUUACAUGUUAUUCGAAAAAAAUACAAGUAAAUUUUACUUUUUACGAUAAAAUGAAGGGUAAAACACUUU